AUGGGAGUCGGAGGACAAAGGCGAGGAGUACAACCCUGGUGGCUAGCCCUCCGUUUCUCUUUAAUGUUCAGCAGCAUGGGGCAGCUUUCAGCUCAGAUAAAAUAUUCCGUUCAAGAGGAAGUAAAAGUGGGAUCCGUUGUUGGAAACGUUGCCAAGGAUCUAGGAUUGGACAUCCCUUCCUUAGGGGAGCGACGGUUUCGCAUUGUUUCAGGAACCAAGGAUGCUCAGUUUGAAGUAAAUCAGAACAAUGGAGUAUUAUACGUACAUAAGAAGAUUGACCGAGAGGAUCUCUGUGAGCAUGUUUCUCCAUGUUUGAUGAACCUGAAAAUGGUGGCUGAGAAUCCGAUGGAAAUACAUUAUGUGGGGAUCGAAAUAACAGAUGUUAAUGAUAAUUCACCGCGAUUCAAAGAGGAGGAAAAAAUAAUAGAAAUUUCCGAGUCCACUCUUCCAGGUAGACGUUUUCAGUUACCAACUGCGCACGAUCCAGAUGUCGUAAGCAACACAGUUCGUAUGUACAAACUAAAUCAAAAUGAGUAUUUUAGCGUUCAAAUUCGUGAGAGAGGAGAGGACAAGAUCCCCUUUUUGGUUCUGCAAAAAUCUCUGGAUCGGGAAAAGGAGCAUGAGCACAAUCUAACACUGACAGCUGUUGAUGGAGGAAAUCCACCAAGAUCAGGGACGCUAAAUGUCACAGUGAUAGUUCUUGAUUCAAAUGAUAAUCAUCCAACAUUUGGUCAGGAGGUAUAUUCAGUAACUAUACCUGAAAAUGUAGACGCUGAUACAAGUGUUAUCACAGUUAAAGCUUCUGACCUAGACGAGGGAGCAAAUGGAGAAAUUGAAUAUUUUUUUGGCGGCCAACUUGACCAGGAAAUAUAUGACAUGUUCAGUUUAGAUAAAGACACUGGAGAAAUUCGUAUAAAAGGAGAAAUUGACUUUGAAAAGGCUGAUGUUUAUAAGUUAGACGUCCAUGCCACUGACAAAGGGCAGCCACCAAUGAGUACUGAUUGCAGCGUAAUCAUCAAAGUGCUCGAUAAAAACGACAACAAACCACAAAUAGAGGUGACAUCUCUGUCAAACACAGUGUCUGAAGACUCUAAACUUGGUACUGUGGUUUCCCUCAUCAGCAUUACAGACCAGGAUGCAGGAUUGAAUGGUAAAGUGAUUUGUAGUCUUUCGGAAAAUGUACCUUUCGAUUUGAAACCAUCAUUUCAAGAAAAUAUGUACUCGCUAAUACUGAAGCAGCCUUUGGACCGAGAAUCAGUUUCACAUUAUGACAUCACAAUUACAGCUACGGACUGUGGCCAGCCUCCUUUGUCAUCCAUAAAAACUCUCGGUAUUGAUGUAUCAGACGUAAAUGACAAUGCUCCUAGAUUUGUGCAGAAUCCUAUAGAACUUUAUCUGGUAGAAAAUAACGCACCUGGGGACACGAUAUUUUCUGUGACUGCUUCAGAUGAGGAUUUAAAUGAAAACGCUGCUUUGUCCUAUAGUAUACUUAGAGGGGAGAGUACUCAAGCCAAAACUGCUGCAUUUCUGAAUGUUAACUCUGAAAAUGGACACAUCACUGCGCUGAAAAGUUUCGACUUUGAAACAGUGAAAACGUUCACGUUCACUGUUGUGGCCACAGAUUCUGGAACUCCGUCACUCAGCAACAACGUCACAGUCAACGUCUUCAUUCUGGAUCAGAACGACAACGCUCCAGUCAUCCUCUAUCCACUCAGCUCCAACGGCUCUGCUGAAGGUGUGGAGGAGAUUCCACGCAAUGUCAACGCAGGACACUUGGUCACCAAAGUCAGAGCCUAUGACGCUGAUAUAGGAUAUAACGGCUGGUUGCUCUUCUCACUGCAACAAGUCACUGAGCACAGUCUCUUUGCUCUGGACCGAUACACAGGACAGAUCAGAACACUUCGCUCAUUCACAGAGACAGACGAGGCUGAGCAUAAACUCAUCAUCCUGGUCAAAGACAAUGGCAACGUUUCCCUCUCUGCUACAGCUACUGUCAUUGUCAAAGUGGUGGAGCCCAAAGAGGCGUUCGCUGCGUCUGACGUCAAAAGUGCAACAAACGAUGACGAGGACAAUAAUGUGACUUUUUAUCUCAUGAUCACUCUGGCCUCAGUGUCUGCACUCUUCAUCAUCAGCAUCAUCGUGCUGAUUGCAAUGCAGUGCUCCAAAUCCACUGACUAUACUUCCAAAUAUCUCCAAGAGACCAAUUAUGACGGGACACUGUGUCACAGCAUCCAGUACAGAUCUGGAGACAAACGCUACAUGUUGGUGGGACCCAGAAUGAGUAUAGGAUCUACUAUAGUCCCGGGCAGCCAUGCCAACACACUAGUGCUCCCUGACAGGAGGAGGGGCUCCACUGAGGUAAGAGCUUGA